AUUCAAGCCUUAGUGCCAUGGAAAUUUAUAUUAACUUCCUUUAGGCCAAAGUAUCAUGAACAUAGUAUCUUUGUAGUUUCAACUCAACUAUCCUCCUCUUUUCCUCUUCUUCUUGUUCAUCUGAAACGUCUACUUCUCCUUAAACGCAAGAACAUCGUUCGUUUUCGCAAUGGUGAUACCAGAGCGAUUACUUUUCUUAACGGUGUUUCUUUCUUUAUGUAUCGCUUUGGUGGUUUCAGAUGACGAAAAACUCAAUUUAAACGCUGUCACAUUUGAUGGAAGGUCUAUUAUGGUUAAUGGUAGGAGAGAGCUUUUCUUCUCUGGUUCUAUUCAUUACCCUCGUAGUCCUCCAGAGGAAUGGCCUGAGAUCUUGAACAAAGCCAAACACGGAGGCCUUAAUGUCAUCCAGACAUACGUCUUCUGGAACAUCCAUGAACCCGUACAAGGACAGUUUAAUUUUGAAGGGAAGUAUGAUAUAGUUAAAUUCAUCAAACUUAUCCAAAAGACUGGUAUGUACGUAGUCCUCAGGAUCGGGCCAUUCAUUGAAGCCGAAUGGAACUUCGGAGGAUUCCCAUACUGGCUUAAAGAAAUCCCCGGAAUAACAUUCCGUGCGGACGAAGACAACUUCAAGUUUCACAUGAAGCAGUUCACCGAAAUGAUCAUUAAGAAGAUGAAGGAUGAAAAGUUAUUUGCUUCUCAAGGAGGCCCAAUCAUUUUAGCUCAGAUCGAGAACGAAUAUAACAAUGUCCAAUUGGCAUACAAGAGUCUUGGAACCAGAUACGUUGAGUGGGCUGGAAACAUGGCUGUUGGCAUGAAGACUGGAGUUCCAUGGGUGAUGUGCAAGCAAAAGGAUGCUCCUGAUCCAGUUAUCAACACCUGCAAUGGAAGGAACUGUGGAGAUACUUUCACUGGACCAAACAGACCCAACAAGCCUUCCUUGUGGACUGAAAACUGGACUGCUCAAUACCGAGUUUUUGGAGAUCCACCAUCUGCAAGAUCAGCAGAAGAUCUUGCAUUCUCAGUUGCUCGUUUCUUCUCUAAGAAUGGAACCCUUGCUAACUACUACAUGUAUUACGGAGGGACAAACUUUGGUAGAACCGCAUCCUCAUUUGUAACCACCCGUUACUACGAUGAAGCUCCAAUUGACAGUUUUGGCCUUCAGAAGGAACCAAAAUGGGGUCACCUCAGGGAUUUGCAUACUGCUUUGAGACUAAGCAAGAAGGCAUUGUUGUUUGGUGAUAAGAUUUCUGUUGAAAUUCUGGGUGAUCAACUUGAGGCAAGAAUCUACGAGAAGCCAGGGGGUGAGUGCGCAGCUUUCUUGUACAACAACCGUACUAGAGAACCUGCAACUGCUACUUUCAGAGGAAACCAAUACUAUCUACCCGCACAUUCUAUCAGUAUUCUCCCUGACUGCAAAACUGUUGUUUACAACACUCAAACCGUAGUUGCACAACACAAUGCAAGGACCUUCCAGAAAUCAGAAAGAGCUAACAGAGAUGUCAAAUGGGAAAUGACCAGAGAAAUUAUCCCCACAGUUGAUGAUGCAAAAAUUAAAUACAUUGAACCCUUGGAACUCUUAGCACAAACCAAGGACACCACUGACUACCUCUGGUAUACCACAAGGUUUGAGGUCAAGAGUGAGGACUUAGAGGGCAGUCAUCCAGUCAUCCAAGUUGCAAAUCUUGGUCAUGCAAUGGGAGCAUUCGUAAACGGAGAAUACAUAGGAAACGGACAUGGAAACAACAUUGAUAAGAGUUUCAGCUUCAAAGCACCCGUAAAUCUAAAGGUAGGAACCAACGAUAUUAGCUUGUUGGGAAUGACAGUUGGACUUCCGGAUAGUGGAGCAUACCUAGAGCAUCGUAUGGCGGGUGUUCACGCUGUAGCUAUUGAAGGUUUGAAGUCUGGAAGACGUGACCUCUCAUUCAACGGCUGGAACCAUAAGGUGGGUAUGGAGGGUGAGAAAAUCAAACUCUUCACACAGGGUGGAUCUCACAGAGCUACAUGGUCUAGUGCUAAGGGCAAAGGGAAGCCUCUUACUUGGUACAAGAGAUACUUUGAUACUCCUGAAGGAGACUCUCCCCCUGCUAUUGACAUGUCUACCAUGGGAAAAGGAAUGGUGUGGGUAAAUGGACAAAGCAUUGGUCGCUACUGGGUGUCCUAUCUUUCUCCUAUUGGCAAGCCAAGUCAAGUAGAGUACCAUAUCCCAAGGUCAUUCUUGAAGCCAUCUGAUAACCUUUUGGUUAUCUUCGAAGAAGAAGGAGGUGACAUUGAUGGAGUUCAAAUUGUACUUGCAAAAAGAGAUACAAUCUGUAGCUUUGUUUCUGAAUACCACCCACCAACAGUCAAGUCAUGGGCAAGACAGGAUGCAAAGAUUACAGCUUUGAAAGAUGACAUGAAGCCAAAGGCACACUUGAAGUGUCCUAACUACAAAGUUAUGGCCUCUAUCGAUUUCGCAAGCUUCGGUAAUCCUACCGGUGUUUGUGGAAUCAUUAGUGCCGGUAACUGCACUUCAGCUUCAAGCCAGAAAGUUGUCGAACAGUACUGCUUAGGGAAGACUGAAUGUAGCAUACCGAUUGAUCGCAAAAUAUUCGACAAGGAUCAAGGACCAUGCCCAGAAAUCCAAAAGAUGCUAGCAAUCCAAGCAACCUGUGUUGAGGGUAGUCACAAACGCGAGCAGUGAUGUUCAUGAUUGAGAGAGAUUCGAUUUAAUAUAUCAUAAAUUUAACAAGUUCUAAUCGUGUUCAUGAACUUAUUAGCUUGAUCAGAAUGUACUAAUGAGAGAUGUUGAAUGAAAGAAAAAAAAAUACAAUUCUAGAAAAAUAUAUGGGUCUCCGAAUUCUUUUUUUUU